GGCCUCAGAGCGCACUCAACACACUCUCUGCUUCAGCUAACAUUAGCAGUCCAGCGCACACACAUACAGAUAUCGAGAGUGUGUGUGUAAGAGAGACAUUAGAUCGAGAGCGAUGGCAAUUCCUGCUGAUGCUGCUGUCUCGUUGAACUUCCCGGUGAUCAACAUGGAGAAGCUUGAGACCGGGGAGAGGGGCGCGGCCAUGGAGGUCAUCCGCGACGCCUGCGAGAACUGGGGAUUCUUCGAGCUGCUGAACCAUGGCGUCUCGCACGAGCUGAUGGACGAGGUGGAGCGGGUGAGCAAGGCGAACUACACGGCGUGCCGAGAGGGGCAGUUCAAGGAGUUUGCGGCGCGGACGCUGGAGGCCGGCGAUAAGGGCGCCGACGUGAAGGACGUGGACUGGGAGAGCACCUUCUUCGUCCGCCACCUCCCCGCCUCCAACCUUGCCGACCUGCCCGACCUCGACCACCACUACAGGCAACUGAUCAAGGAAUUCGCGUCGGAGAUCGAGAAGCUGGCAGAGAAGGUGCUGGACCUGCUGUGCGAGAACCUGGGUCUGGAGCAGGGCUACCUGAAGCGGGCGUUCGCCGGGUCCAGGGGCCCGACGUUCGGCACCAAGGUGAGCAGCUACCCACCGUGCCCACGCCCCGACCUGGUUGACGGCCUCCGCGCGCACACCGACGCCGGCGGCGUCAUCCUGCUGUUCCAGGACGACCAGGUGAGCGGGCUGCAGCUCCUUAAGGACGGGGCCUGGGUUGAGGUGCCGCCCAUGCGCCACGCCAUCGUCGUCAAUAUCGGCGACCAGCUGGAGGUGAUCACCAACGGGCGGUACAAGAGCGUGAUGCACCGCGUGCUCACCCGCGCCGACGGCAACCGCAUGUCCAUCGCGUCAUUCUACAACCCCGGGGCCGACGCCGUCAUCUUCCCGGCCCCGGCGCUUGUGGCCGCUGCCGGCGCCACGGAGAAGAACGAGGGCGAGGAGGGCGGCGCAGUGUACCCGAAGUUCGUGUUCGAGGACUACAUGAACCUGUACGUGCGCCACAAGUUCGAGGCCAAGGAGCCACGGUUCAAGGCCAUGAAGGCAGACGCCGCGCCCAUCGCCACCGCGUGAUAACGCCGCGCCGAUCGAGUACAAGAGUAUUUUGAGACGUGUUUACUUUCUUUUGGGCGUGCCAUGUAUCCGGUUAGCUUUAUGGGUAAUGUAUUUUCGAGUCCGACUCACAGAUUCUUGUCCGGGCAUUUCUAUUUUGCUGAUUAUGGCAUGCUGUUACGUGAAGUUAGGAGCAUAUGCAUGGCGACGUUUGACACGUUUGAGUUUAAUUUCUGUGUUGGUCAUGUAAUUCUGUUGCCCAUGCGCUUGCGCAAUACGGGUACCGUAUGAUUGAAGCCACUAUGUUUUGGCUAGGUUCAAAACAACUUUUUGUUUCA